GGGAGGGGGGAAAAAAACACUGACAAUUUGUACUCAUCUACAAGUAUUUUUCUGUACACAAGUGAAAUUAUUUAUUACACCUUCAUACAACUGCCAUACACCAUUUUAAACAUAAUGGCAAGCUGUGCUUUGUCAGGGGCAGUUACAGUAAUGCCUGUGUAAACUCUAAUAACCAUCUUCUGAAUGCUUUCAAUACAGCUUCAUCUCACUAAUUGUAAAAUUUGUACAAUCAGAGGCUUAUUAAAUGCUUUUUUUAAAAAAAGUGGAUGUACUGAGUACUGAUUCUAAUGUGUUGCUAUUGAAUUGUAGAUUGGCUUUGGUUGGAGGAGACUUUGAAGAUCAUAUAGUUCCACCCCCCCACCAUGGGCAGUGUUGCCAACCACUGGAUUAGAUUACCUGGGGCACUCAUCCCAAUUACAGGGCUGGGGUAUCCACAACCUCCUUGGGCAACCUGUCUGAGUGCCUCACCACCAUAUGAGUAAAAAAUUUCUUCCUGACAUCUAACCUCAAUCUCCCCUCUUGUUGAAAACUAUUCUUCGUUUCCUUAUUGCUGUCAGACUGUAAGUGCUUGUAAGCUCCCUUGAAGUACUGGAAGGCUGCAAUGAGGUCUUCCUGGAGCCUUCUCCAAGCCCACUUUCCUCAGCCUAUCCUUACAGAGGUCCUACAGCCCUUUGAUCAUCUUUGUAACCCUCCUGGACUCAUUCCAGCACCUUUGUCUUGUGCCAGGGGCCCCAGUCUCAAACUGUAAUAGCCUUAAACUCUGCUUUAUGAGGGCAGAGUAGAGGAGGACAAGGCCCUACCUCAGUGUGCUGGCCACCCCUCUGUUGGGGAUGCACUGCGGGGUCAUGUCUGGCUUUUUGUCCAUGAGGACCCCCAAGUCCUUCACAGGGCUGCUCUCACUGAGUUCUCCCAGUCUGUACUAAUCUGGGAUUGUCUUGACCCAUGUACAACACCUUUCACUUGUCCUUGUUAAACCUCAUUAGGUUCUUGUGUUUGGACUUCCUGAGUGUGUCCCAGGUCCCUCUGAAUUGUCUCUCCCUCCUGUUGUGUCAACUACACUCAGCUUAGUGGAUUGGUAGAUUUCUGUUGUCUGUAUAGUGAUCCUUGUACAUCAAGCUUGUUGUAAAUUAUUUUUUCUUCACUUGAAUAACUCCUAAGAAGUAAUUGUUAGUUCUGUGUAUUUUAGUUUCAUUGAAGUUGAGACAUAAAUUGGUUGACAGACAGUGGUAAUGAGAGAAAUAUUGCUGCUGCUAAGUUCAUCUGGUUUCAUUGAAAUAAACUGAGCCCUGUCACUCUUGUUUCUGUAAAGGUUGACUGGAGUGGGAUGGUUAGGCAGCUAAAAUGAGUUGUUUAAAAAAAAAAAAUCUGUGGAGAUGCCAUUUAAAAAUACCAGAGUAGGUAUUUUCUGCAGAUGUGUUCAGAUGAUGAGUCUAUUAAAAUAGCCUCAAGUAGAUGGGAAGCUUAUAUAGGCCUUGGUGUGGGUAGUCACUUUUUUUUUUAAGUGAUCUCCUGCUACAGAAUUUAGCUUGAGCCAUAUACGCUGUUAGCUUAGCACUAAUAAAUGUAAGCCUCUACAGAAUUUUAGCAGUUCUGUAAAAUGUUUUUUUCAUUUUUUUUCUGCAGUAAGAGUAACUUUGCUUAUUGUUAUGGGGGGGUGGAGGGGGAAGUAAAGCAAGAAAUUCCAAGCAGUAUUAAUACUUGCCUGGAGUUUUUUUGUAAAGCACAGUUAGCCUUAUAAGGAAAACCUUGUCUGUUAAUCAUAGAAAACUUUUCUCUGUACACUCUUAGUAUCUGAAAGCAUGAUGGGAAAUUAUGCAGUUUUUUUUCAGUAGUUUGUCACUGCAUGCUACCAGAAAAACAGCUCAGUUCUUUAGAUCUGACUUGUGUUGACUUUCAAAUAUCAAAGCUACUAGUGAGAUGACUGUCAGGAGCAGACAUUUUGAGUAAUAGCUAGUUCAUAGGCAGUAAAUGUGCAUAAGACUAGAUGGGGAUGUCCCCUGGUGUGGCACCAUGGGAGUUCUGCAUAGCUGACAUUAUCAUGAGAAACUGCAUGCAAUACUUGAUGUUCUGCUUUUCACCAAUUCUCAUCUUUAAAGUACAUCAUUUUUGGUAGUUUAUAAGUGGUGUCUUAAACUCUGUUUUAGUACCCACAGAUUUCUUGAAAUCUUUCUGUACCACCUUCCAUCAUUAGACUAGAACUUACUCCUGCAGUUUUCUCCUUUACUCAUGUUUAGUAGCUUCAGAGUAGUUGAUACAAGUAUCAUUCACCAUAUAAAAUACAGAACUGUCACUGGUACAGAAGAUAAAGCAGUUGAUCAUAAAGCAGUGGACUGUGUCAUGUCUUGACUCUUCAUCAUAGCAUUACACUUAAAAAAAAUGAUUUGGUCUCUGGCCAUUGGCUUUUUUGAUUAUUAUUACUUUAUUAUUUAGAAUGAGGUCUAGAUGAGAAGGUAUUGUGAAAAGAACUAAAUGUCUCUGAGAUUCUUCUCUAGUCUUCUCAGUACAUCCUUCUUGUGCCUUCCUGAUGACUCAUCUGUUGGCUCUUACUCUACUUCAGUGUAGCAAUGUUAGUAAGUACCUGUCUACCUUUACUUGGUUUGGUAAAUGUGGGGGGAGUGGAGACUGCCUGCUAAUGUCUAACACAGGUGACACUGGAAAUGAGUUCUCACCCUAACAUCAUCCUAUGCUGCAAGUUCUGAAGCUCUUCAUGUUUCAGAAGGAGAUUUUGAAAUGCAGAAGGCAGACAGAAAAUGGUGGGUAAAUGGGGUGAUUUAAUAAAAGGAUGCUAAUAGCUACACCAGUAGGAUUCCUGGAUGGAGGGGUCUCAAGUACUGGCCCAGCGAGUAGAGAUUGAGAGUUGUAAAAUUAAUCUUCUCUCAGAUAUUUUAAAUUCUCUAUUUUUCUGACAAAGUUUUGUUCUUACUGUUAAAGAAAACUUAAUAUUCUGUAGCUUACCCAAAUCAUUUAAUGAAAGAACAGUUGAAUUCAUGAAGUCUGUUUUCUUGGCGUUGGGUGUUGUUUUUUUUAUUACACUUAAAUUGUUAGGGUGAUAUGAUGUACAAGUAGUUUAGGUGUAACUAUCCAAAUACAGAGUGCUUGGUUAUAGCCACAUGCUGGCAUCUUCAGACUUGUUAGAGUCUGGUUCAGGUUCUAUAAAUGCAUAGCAAACUACUCAAAGCUUUAAAUGCAAACAGCUGUAAUUUGGGUAGUCCUAAUAUUUUUUUGUGAUACAAAAGAUCAGCAUUUCUGGUCAUAAUCAACCAAAUCAACCAUCAGGAAUUGCCAGAUUUUUGGGACUAAACUGAAAUUGAGGGAAGGCAUUUGUCCAUGGUUGAUUAAAAAUUAGUUGUUCAUAAUGGUUCUUAUAGAUAGCCACCAUCCUAAUGUGUGGUUUGUUUCACAAGCUUGGUAAAUGGCUCUAGAUAAGACUUAAUGGAAGAAAAGCUUGUUUUGGAGAUGAGUGUUCAGUGCAUAUCUGGGGUUCAGACUGGCUUUAAUUACUGCCAGGUGAGCUAGCUCAUUAGUGCUUGCUAGUACAUAGUCUGAACCAUAUUAUUAAUAAAGUAAUGUUUGAGAAUUCAAAAAGUAGCCUGUGAUAAACACUUCAGUGCUAGCCCUUGUAUACUGUAGUUACUUAGUCACUUUGAAAAGUGUGUGCUCUCAUGAGUUUGUAAAGAGAUUCAGACCUGCAGAUAAGUUGUGGUUGGUCAUGCUCUACUUAGGGUAAAAGUAUACAGACCUGUUUUCUGUGGGAAAAACUGUGAUGUUCAUAGCUGGCAUUCCAGGGAGGGGAGAUAAAAACAGGAAUGGAUAGGGAAAAGGAAGAAGAGCUAGAAAGCUCAGUUGAGGCAGAAGGCUACUAUAACUGGGGUUACUUAAUAAUAAUUCUCUACGCUUUGUAUGCUGCUGUAACUGACAAGAAUGCUAGAACAACUGGCCUGCUGUGGGGCACGUUAGCAGUUUGGAUAGAUUCAGAUACCUACAUCUUUUAAGAUUGUUUAUGACAGUACUCUUCCCUGCUCUAGAAAAGAAAUCUAGCAUGUUCCAGCUUAGUACUCUUUCUAGUCACUUCUCCAGUUUUUUUAUGUGUUGUCUCCGCAGAGCUAUAGAACACAAACACUUAAAAGUACUGAGUCACCAGUUAGUUGUGUUUUGAUAUGUACAUCUCUUUCCUGCUCAUCUUCCCCCACCCCUCUGAAUAUGUAAAGACCUGUACUUUUUGAGGAGAAAUCAACCUUUAUUCCCCAGUUGUAAAAUAAAUGGAAUAGAAAUUGAAAGGUUCUAAAUACUUGAAAAUAUCUACACAGUGAAUCCUAUCAAGCUCUUCAGGCUUAGGUUUUUUUGUCUUUCCAGUUGUUUGUUUUUUUCUCUUGAAGAUUAAAUGCAUCUUGAAGAGAGGCAUUUUUUGUUUCCAAGUGUCUCAUUCUCUAGUUAAUAUAGGAAUGGACACUGCUAGGAGGCUCGUCAGACUACCUCUAUUAGUGCACUAAAAACAUGAAAAUAAAAGGUUUAGUAAAAAAAAAAUGACUUGGAAAAUGUGUGGAAUAAAAGAUAUUCAAAUUGCUAAGAGUAGCAGUGUCUUAAGAUUGUUCUGCUUGUCAGUGGAUUACCAGUCUCUAGAUAAAAAGCUGUUGUCUAGCAAAAGCUUUUGAAAACACAAAAACAGUGACUGAUACCUAAAUUGCGUUACUGGAAAUUGUAGGUGAGAUGGAGCUGUGUAGUUGGUGUUAGUUUAAAUAAUUCCUUUUACUACAUAGGAUAAUAAGCAAGGUUCUGCUCCCAGUUUUGCAGUGUGUUUUUGUGUGCAUCAGAAUUAUCAGAUAAAGUAUGUAAGCAAGUCAUGAAUAUGCAUACAUGUCUCUUCUGCAAUUCAUGAAAUCUCUUCAAAGUUGUUAAAAUUACGUUCUCAAGAUACGUGGCAAGAAGAUCUCUCUUAGUACUUUGUGCCCCCUUUCAACCAUCGCAUAACAACGCUGGAAGUUCCUGUUGCAGUAUGAUAUCGCUCAGGAUGCUGAAGUUCCUUUUGCACAAGUUUUGCACUCCGAACUACUCAGUUCAUAAGGUGAUUCCAGUCUGAAAGUUGUUAGCAUUCUUCUGUAUGUCACAAAGUGUGUGCUCCUUGAAUCUGUCAGUUCCUUGCAGUAGAAAUACAGCCCUGCUCUUGCAGUAAUGGUCUGUGAGUGUUUCUGAAAGUGUUGGAUGGGAUUUCUGUGCAGGUGAGUAUGCUGUAAGAACUGACUAGGUCUUAGCUCAAAUAAGCUUGCUGACAUACUUGUAAGAAUAAAUGUAGAGAGAAUUUCAAGAGUUGUCAUGAGCAGCAAACAUACUAGAGGUCUUUGGAGUGUUUUGAACAGUCAGCCUCUUGAGCUUGGAAAUGCUCCUAAGAAAUGGACUGGAGAUUCUGAGAGGAAAAAAAAAAAGAUUGGUUCUAGUCUUCUUGGUCUGUAUGCUUUAAUAUCUGGAUGCCUGGGUAAGUAAAGUAGUCCUUUCCUUUUCUUCCUGUUUGCAUAUCCAUUUACAGAAAACAGGUAUCCCAGGUGAAAUCAAAUGGUAAAACUGAAUACAUCCUGAUGACCAGCAUUUAAGAGGCUGCUUCAUCAGGAUAGUGAAUGCAGGUUUUGCUCCGUGAGAAUUCAUGAGCAAUCUAAAAUACAGGUUGUCUGCACAGAUCAGUGAAAACACUUUGGCUGCCCAGGCCUGAGUCAGCUCCUGUUUGAGGCUGUUUUCAAUUAGGAUGUUUCAUUUUACCUUUAAUUUCCUAGCAACUCGUGUCUAAGGAUUGUGCCAAUGACUUUGACAACAGAUGCUCACUUCUUGUAUCUACUGCUCAAGUUAUUUCUGUCUUUUUUUUAAGAUCUGAUUAUUUAAAUUAAGCCGGUAAUAAAGUGCCCAGUCAGUAGAAAAAAAAACAGUUAUAUGUGGACUCAUAGAGGUACUGUCCUUGUGGUUUAGAAGAGGAAAAUAGAUUUAUUCAUAUCACAUUUGUGUGAAUAAACUAUAUCCAAAUAUGAGAGAAGGUUGAGAUGGAUAGAAGAAAAAACUUAGUGGUAGAGUAGGGGAGAGAAUGAAAGGGAAGAAAGAUAAUUAUUGAAAUGGAAGCUACAGGUAGGUGAUGUUAAGACUAAGCUUUCUUCACUGAAGUGUUGGACAGUUUGGAUUGAUAACAGUGUUUUUCCUCCUCUGGAUCUCCAUAAUGCUGCAGAAAUUGUAUGUAUCGCAAGCCUAGUUUUGUAAACACUGAACUCAGGUUUUUUUCUUUGUUCUAUGAUUUUAGUGCAGGGAAACAGGAAGGGUGGAAAAAAAGCCUUCAGAGCUUUCUUUGCUGAAUUGGUGGACUAUUGUUAAUUCUUAACAUUAUACCUUUGCAUUAAGUACUGAAUGUGUGGAAAAGUGUUUAGGCUUCUCAAAGGUAUCUAGUCUUGCUCUGAUCACAUACUAUAUACAGAGGCUUUGGGGGCUUGUUUUUCUUUAAAGAGAAUAAAAACAUAAAAUGUUACAUAUUGAAUUAAAAUAGUUUUUCCUUUUGAUUCUCUUAAACACUGUAAGUCCCUACAGGUCAAUAAUUCAAAUUACUUCCCUAAUUCACGUAAGUCAGUAACAAUAACUUUUUGUUAUGGAAGUUGAAAAUAAUGGUUAAAGAAGGUUAAAGAAUGCUCAGAGCCUUGGAGAACGAAGUCUCUCCUGGAUUCCAACCGAAGAUGACUAUUCUGUACUGAAACAACUUUGUGAGUCUUACAGCCUUUUCCUGGCAGCGUAGCCCACUGUAACCCAUAUACUGAUUAGAUGCUUCUCUGGGUUGCUUCAGUGUAGUACUUGUCAACAUACCUGGACACAAACUGGAAUCUGAGGUAUACCCCUCAUCUACCAGCAUAAUUCCCUCCCCAGCUCAAGCAACAUCUGUGGCCUUGAUGGAUGUACUUCAUGCUCUGAUGUGGGAAUGGUUACAUGAGGAAAUAGUCUGUAGAAGCUAUGAACAAAAAUGUAUGUACCAAGGCAAUCAAUACUGACAUUUGGGUAAACGAUGGAUCUCGAAGCUUCAUGGAGUUAUGUUUAAAAGUAAUCACUCCCAUUAAUGUACAGAGGUUGCUCCAAUAGUAAUGCCUUUUAUUUCUGUGGAAAGAACAGAUACAAAGAACAUAAUAGUGCAUUUGAUAGAGCAAACUUUCAGUUGCAAAACGCUAUUUUUCAACAUAGUCACCACUGCUAGCUAUGUGUUUUUGCCAGUGAGGAACAAGAGCCUGUGUGCCGUGCUCUUAAAAAAUCUGCACCACUGGAGGUAAAUUACUGUUUCACAGCUGCUGUGACAGUGUCCUUGCUGAAACAUACCACCCACCAUCUGACUGGUCUCCAUUAAUGCUUGAAAAGUGUUGGUAAACGUCACUAGGUGCUGAUUUUUCCACAUGGAGGAAUUCUGUUCCACAUGUUUGUUACAGUCUUCCUUUCUGCUGCCAUCUGUCACAUGGCAACAACAUGCAAUGAACGUUGUUGGGAAGAUUCAACCUCUGCUCCCAUACCACCAGCAUCUGCCUCUGGUGUUGUGGGCCAGUGUAAUAGAAUAAGAGGCAUUACUUCUGGAGCAGCCCUCAUAUUUUUUAAAUUAGGAGGAAAGAAGCUAUUCUUAAGAGAAAACAGUCUUUGUAGUUCUACUUGAUGAGUGCUUCUCUAGUACUGAAGAAUUCAAAGUUUGGAACAUAUGUUGAUUUGUAGAUUUGUUCCUCUUUGGAUAAGGAAGCUGUAGCACAUUGGGAAUUACUUUUAAAAAUCUGCAGAUUAAUAGGAUGUUAUGUUUUACCAUAUGUCCUUCUAGAAGAAGCUGGGGAGCCAACAGGAUGUUUGAUUAUCAUGAAUGACAUAUACAUGCUAAAAGGAGUAGACCAUGGAAGUUGGAUGAAAUUAAGCUGAGAAUUAAAAUAACCAACUGUUCUUCGUGUGGUGGUAUUGGCUUCCAGAAGUGGCAACAGUGAGAAACUUGGUAAGUUUUGCUUUGUGUCCAGAACAGAAAAUUACACAUCAUUCACCCUUAAAACUGUUGUGACAAAUGAUAUUUGUUAGGGCUUCCACCGGUGCCUGCUAGUGGUACUGUUACAGAAUUUUGCACAGAGGUAAGGCACUGCUGUGGCAGAAACACUUCUUGAGAUUAAAUGGUCAUUGCCACUGUGAUAAAAACAAGCCUUGGAAGUGUGACUUUUCAAAGUCUGCUCACCCACUUCACCUCAAAUUUAUUUUAUGGUUGUCUUUCUUUUUCCUGAGUACCAGAGAACUAGGUUCGCUCACAUAACACCUCAGCAGGCUGGAACUUCAGCUCAUGCGUGAUUCAUUAAAGAUGCCAGAGUGCCAUCUCCAUAGGACAGCAAUAUCACCUUGUUUCAUUCGCGGUUACACUGCAUGUGCUCAUCCUCACUAACCUGUGGAACUGGUGCAUUUAUCAUUGGAUGCUUCUCCCAUGAGAUUUGAACACCCAGAACAGCAGUUAGCUGCUUCUCUCUCUCAUUCACUGAUGAGAGAUCUUGAGUAUGCUCAGUCUCUACUGAUCUCAGAUCCUCAUCUGUUCACUUUGGGCCUUAGCAAAGACACAACUGAUGUCUAGGUCUCUCUGUACAGCCUGUAUUGUACUUUCAUAACAGUAAAAGUUACAGUAAGGGGGGAAAAAAAAGGGGAAAAUGAUUAUGGCAGAUAAUCCAGUCAAAUUUUGAUCCAGAAGUUCACUGUUCCCAGUAAGUGCGUAACCUUGAGAAAAUACCUUGGGUAAGGGAAUGUUGACAGAGAUAAGUAAAAGGAUGAUUUUUAUGUUUUGAUGAAGAGUACAUAAGAAGAGGAAUGUUAGGUCUUUAGACUUGGAAGCUUUGUUCAUUGUGCAGCCUGAUGAAAUAAAAUCAUAACAAAUCCAACCCAAAUGCCCUUGGAGUGUCUGAUCUUCCCAGCUGAUUUGUCUAAGGAUAUCAGAAAUUAACAUCAAGAAACGUAGAUAUGAAUUGACAGAUUAAACAUUCAAGACUUUUGCAGAACAGGUUAUUUGUUUUUUUUAGUAUGAGGUAUUUCCAAAAAUAGAGUUUAAUCUGGAUGCAUCAUGAUGAUAAACUGAAAAAGAUGAAGAUAAUGUUUAUUUUAAUUGACCUAAUUUUAUUUAAUAGCACAGUUACUUCUAAGCUUUGGCCAUCCUUCGGAUGGAACAUUUUAUAGAUACUUUUACUUCUGGCCUGCUGAAUUGUCAGUGUUCCAAUCUUAUUGUCCAGUACUUUCAUCAGGAGUUUUUGUCUUAAUAUGUAGAACCUACACAACAAUAUAUGAUGAGCAAGUUUUCAAGGUUAUAGGUUAUGAGAUCCCUUUUCUAGUGUAAGGAGAUGUGGGCUGCUAUUAUUAUUUUGCCUAAGAUUCUUCUGACUUCUUGAUACCAAGCUGGAGAGAAUCUUCUGACUUAAUAUUUUGUAAUAGGUAUCAGGAAACCUGUUUCUAAACUUGAGUACAUCUAAGAAAGGUCACCUUCAGUUAGCUCCAAAUCAGGGAAACUACUAAAUGUUGGUGCUACCAUCUUCAUCCUUAAUGGGAGUUGAUAAAUUAUAUAAGCAAGCCAGGAGCUACCUGAGGUUCUUCAAGCUUCAGGAAGUGGUCUUUCUUUUCAGGUGCCUCUUGUUCUCCUAGUUAUGCACUUUUUUUUUACUGUGUCUGUGUAUAGAUAAUGUGUAUCUGUUGUAUCUGUAAUGUGUAAAUAUAUGCACAUGGGAAUGAUACUAAUGCACAAAACCUAAUGUCCUCUUUACAGUAUAUGGCUGAGAAUAGGAUGGCUAGAAAAAUGCUUUCCUGUGUAGUAUCUGCUACAAAUAUCAGGAAAUGGAGGAAAAUCAGAAAAUCAGGAAAGAAUCACUUGCUAAACAGAGUGUAUGGGAACUGUUGAGUCAUGGCCUGAACCACUGAUGGAGCACCUAGGGAAAAGACCUCGUCUGCAAGAACUUUUAGGUUAAGUUCAUGUCAUUAGAGGUAUAAAUACAAUAUUAGGAAGUAAAUAACGAUCUUUAUUUGAUCAAAUACAAAGUUUACAGAAUGUUAAUAGGAUGACUGUUACAAUGUGUGUUAAGUGAGAUAAGAAAGUUGGUGACAGAACUUACUUUAUGCUUCAUAUAAACUGCUCUGGGAAAGAUGCUAGCUAGCUGUUGCUAUGUUUGAACAGUUGGUGGCUCCAAUGCUUUGCAGCUGUCGCUAUACAAGUCGCCAAAACAAGUUAAUUCAGUUCUAGCUGUGUAUAUUGAUCUAGUUAGAAAUCUAAAAUCAGAAUCACAGACCUACUAAAUAAACACUCCCAACUUUAAGUCAUUUUGUAAAUACUUAAUAGUUAAAUAAGCAUGAAUUUCAAUAUCCUGUCAAGCUUAUGAUAAUUUAAGAGGCCACCUUGCAAAACGGCUGUUCAGAAUCGGUAGCUAUGUUCCUACAGCCAGCAUAGCUAGCAAGACUGCUUCUACUCCAUAUUGCAGGAUUGUACAGGUGAGACAGAUGACAGAUACCAUGACUGAAAGGGAGGCAGGGGGGAGUUGUCAAAAGGUCAGUUCCUGGGAAAGAUGCAAAGAAGAUCGUAUUUACUGUGCAGUCAUUCCUUAAAUUGAGCCUCACAAAUGUUUAUAUGCUUUAAAAACAUGUUUAAAAUAAGGGGUUUAGUGGGCAGUGGGUUUUGAGAGAGCAAGAUUAUAGCAACAGAAGAGCUGAUGAUGGUGAGCUGUCAUUUUUGGUGGCUGCAAGAACUAUUAAUAAAAGGAGAGGUUAGAUAUAAUAAAUAACUUUGUAUGAUGUAUUAGUUCAGAAUUUUGAAGAAAGCUUUGACUUAAAAAAUAUUUAAAUAGAAAUAGAAAUUUCCAUGGAUGCAUAUACAUACUUUUCUAAUGUGUUUUUUUUUUGCUUGUUUUUAAUUCUUGGUUCCAGAAAAUGUCAUUGGAGCAAUGGAACAUUCCUCCCUGAGUUUUCAUAUUCCGGGAAAAAUAAAGUGUAGAAUUAUUUUGUUGGGAAACUAGUUCAUGUAUUUUAACUGAAAUAUAAAUAUUAUGCCAUCCUAAACUAUUGUAUGUACUACAUAUUCUAAUUUUCCUUUGUCUUGUUUCUCAUUUGGAUUAUAUUAUUGUGUUCCCUUCUUUAAACUUCGGUAUCUUCUCAUGGGAACAGGACUGCAGGACAAUCAUGAGGACUGCAAACUUCAGAUAGGGUUUAGCUCUCACAGCUAAACUGGGGUAGAUAACAACUUGAAAAGAUGUAGGCCUGUUGUUAGAUUUGGCCUGGUUUGGCCUAUUACUUGACAAGGGGGUGAAGGGACCCAUGGACCCCCACCCUGGGAAAGGGAGGGGAAGGGAAAAGGUAGGAAAAUGGGCCUGGAUGAAUGAUAAUGGCAGCAAUGGCCUAAGGAAAAACUUGAUUUAUUAAAUACAGUAAUGGAAUGUGAGAUAACGCAAUGUAGUACAGUAUGAUUGGAAUUGAAGUUAAUAAAUCAAAUGAAAUGAGAGUUUCUGAAACCAAAGUCCAUACUGUAGGCAAAACUGCCAAGGAGCAAAGAGAAAGGUCUCAUGAGUCCCAGUCAGUUUUCUCUUACCCUCCAAAUGAAAAUGGAAAAAUGAAGGCUUCUGGGAGUUGUAGUUCAGCUCAGUAUUCUCUUCUGAGACGAGGAGACUGGAAAUACCAACAGUGCACAGAAUUGCAACAUCAACUCUUUAACUCCCAGUGCGCUACAUGAUGUUGUAGUGGAAUACUGAUCCACUGAUGUGAAAAACCAUCAAACCAUGGCACCAGUGAAAUCAUGAAUGCAGUGACCUAGGUCUAUGUCAGUGCAGUCUGUAGCAUUUAUUUUUCUAACUUUGUAUGAUUAAAUAUUAUGCACUGAUGAAAUUCUGUUGGGGCAAAGGUUGGGGUUGUUGCAGUGGGGGACAUCAGUUGCCACAUGCAAAUGAAAUUCCUUAGGAAGACCUGUUUUUUAAUUUCUUCUGUCUCCUGGAGGAGACAAAAAACAUAGAAACAAAAAUAUAGAAACAGCCCUGCUGAGCAGGAUUUGUUUAUACAUCACCCAAAAAUGGAGACAUUAUAUCUUAGUAAUAUUUCAUCAGACAAUAUACUCUAGCAAAAUGACACCAAGGAAAAUGUACCAUUCAACACAUGCUCACUUUUUUUUUUUGCUUUUAGCAUUAAGAUUUAUAUAUAUUUUGUAUAGAUACAUAUUUUGAAGUCAUCCAGGAAUUGCACUGGCAGAGAAGGCUGGAAUACUUUUACAGGAGUACUAUUUACAGGAAUCGUGGAGACCUUUCUAAGGUCUUUCCAGGUUUUGUUUGUGUUUUUUUUUUUGUCCUUGCUAUUUCUAAGAAGCACACAUAAAUUCUGCUGAAACUUGAGCUUAAGCUUACAUGCCUGCAUUGUCUUUACAGUGCUCUGAAACACAAAGUGAUUAACAGUAGGCCAAACUCUCGAAGUGUUUACAUGCUGUAAUAUCUAAUUCCUGUUUGUACAAUGGCUUUGUAAGAGCCAAAGUAGAUAUUUGCUCACAUGUAAUAAAUAGCUUCCAUGAAAUGUAUGUUAAUGCUAUUGGCAAGCUAGGAAAUAAAUGCAGUUUUCGGAGAUGGUCUCUCAGGGUAUGCCUUGAGCUAGUCAGCUUACUAGCUGGGCGCAAUUCCAGCUCAUAAAAGACUUUGUUCCUAUGUUAGAAGCAAAUACAGUUUUUUUGUGUGGCAGUAAAUUGUGGUGUAAGAGUUGGUGGUACCUAAGUAUCUCUGUAGGUAUGAUGUAUUUAUUUAAUAAGGAGGACCAAGGCCUAUCUCUAUACAUUAGUUUCAUUUAUUCACUAUGAAGUAGGGUAGUGUACUAGAAGUGCAACCCAGGAAGCAGUUCACGGGCAGCAGAAUCAUGAAACCUAGUUGUACUGCAGAUGGUUUUGUUAUCCAAAGUAAUCCAACUUCCACUUGAGGCUUUUUAUGUAACUGAGGUGUUUCUGAUAUCCCAUACCUGUAACACCAAGGAAGUACCCGUUAACAAGUUAUUAGAGGCAGAUGGACAUUAACAUAAUUACGCAGUGUGAUUUUUAUGAAGCAUAAGGUUGGAAAUUGAUUUCUAGUGUUGUGAAUUUCAUUACCAAGUUCAUAAACGAUCUGUGUAGUGGUGCAAAUUGCUUAAUUUAUAAGGAGAGCACGUGAGGUAGUUAGGGAGGCUCACAGACUUUCAGUAGAAAAGUUAGAGCUCUAUUUUGUUUGUUAUAGUGUAGAAUGAGGUCUGUGCUAGCAGGUUAAGACAAAAUACUUCAUCAUCAGUAGGAGAAGACUGGAAUCCAGUUUUGACAUCUAGUACCUCAACUUGGUGAAGUUCUGCUCCCUCUCAGCCCAGUUGCUCCAGCUGUUACAGUACAUGUUGGGAUAACCUCAUAAAGACUUUGUGAAGCCCUGUCACUUUGCAAAUGCACUAGUAUCCUGCAUGUUCCCUCAGGAGAGAUGUGGAAAGUUUGAAUUAUUCAAACAAAUGCUCAUCUUGAAUGUGUUAGUGGUAUUAAAAUAAAUCAGGAUGUUUGCACCUGUUUUCUUUGAUACUUCCCUACUUGUGACCAAAUUAUUGCACUUUGGGCUGAACUUGAGAUUUAGUAGGUUCACUUCUAUGGAUUCAGGUGGGACCUUGCGAGGGGGUAUGUCACCUACUCAGCACUGGUAGGGUGUAGCUACUAAAUUUCUGCUUUCUGAACAGAUGUCUUUGAGAGUCAGCAUUGAUGGAAACUUAAGCCUUUAAUGACUUCUAGCUGCCUAGAUUUGCCCCAAUUUUGAAUUACUGAAUUCUGAUUCAGUGCUAGUGAAUCAUUCCCCUUUAACUGCCUAACUUAGAUUUCAUGAAUGUGGAACUAAGACUCUAAAUUAGAAGAAAUAGAGUUGAGAUCCCUCUGAGCAAAACUCAGUGCAGAACGAAACUUGGAAUCAUCACAGAAUCAUAGAAUCACCAGGGUUGGAAAAGACCCACAGGAUUACCCUGUCCAACCAUCCGCCCAUUACCAAUAGUUCUCACUAAACUAUGUCCCUCAACACAGUGUCCAAAUGUUCCUUCAACACCUCCAGGGUCAGUGACUCCACCACCUCCCUGGGCAGCCCAUUCCAGUGCCUGACCACCCUUUCAGAGAAGUAGUAUUUCCUAACGUCCAGCCUGAAUUUUCCCUGGUGCAGCUUGAAGCCAUUCCCUCUAGUCCUAUCACUAGUCACACGAGAGAAGAGGCCGGCCCCCAGUUCUCUUCAGGUAGUUAUAGAGAGCAAUAAAUUAUCCCCUGAGCCUCCUCUUCUCUAGACUGAACAAUCCCAGCUCCUUCAACUGCUCCUCAUUAGGCCUGCGCUCCAGACCCCUCACCAGCUUUGUUGCCCUUUGAACGUGCUUCAGGGCCUUGAUGUCUUUCUUACAGUGAGGGGCCCAAAAGUGGACACAGAUUCUCAAGCUGUCAUAGAAUAACUUUUCUUCUAUGUACUCGUAGACCAUACUUUCUUGGAAAAACGUGAGCUGAGGGUUGUACCUGUGUGGAUAGAAACAUUUAUUUAUUUAUUUAUUUUUCCUGAGAAGACUGAAGUAAUGUUAUAGGCAAACUAACUUCCAAUUCUGCUGGUACAGCAAGGUAUACAGCAUGGUAGAUGUAUACUAAGGACUACAGAGACUUGAGGAAAGACCUUUUUAUCUUUGGGCAUUGGUUUGUAGAGUACGUAUGAUUAGUAGAGGGGUGCACUAUGGUAAAAUAGGAUCUGAAGUAGUGAAGAGUGCUGUAACUUGGGUUUUAUUGUCUUAUGAAAUGUCCUGGGAGGCCUAUUUUUAAAAAUAUUGUUAAUGUUUUACUCUAAGUGCUGCUUUAAGUAGAAUGGAUUUAGCUUUACCUUAUUUACCUUACAGUUUGUGUAGGUAAGGUUUAUGCACAGUUAACAGUCUUGUGAUUCACUGUUGUUUAAAAUUUACUGAAUGUACAAUGUAAGAUUAUUUUUUUUGUUACUGUUGCGGAUUGCUCCUUUUUGCAUGUUUUGGUCCUCUUCUCAUUCCACUUGGGAAAAAGAGGGUGUGCUAACAUCUGUUAUAAUACACACUCUUUGUUCAGUUGCAGGAAGUUGAAGGAUCAAGUGUAUUUUGUUUUUAUGCAUGUCCUUUAGCUUAUUCCUCCUAGAAAUAGUUUUUCAUCUAGUCUGUGCCUGCAUAAACUGAAAAGCUGGGCAUCAGCUACAGAGUUAACGCUUUGCAAGUUGUGUGGGCAAAAGCAACAGUAAAUAACAAGUUGAGUGAUUCUGCUUUGUGUAUGUAUAAAUACUCAUGUUGUGACUUACCUGAUAACUUAUUAGCAUGCUGCCUCUUGUUGAACAGGUUUCUGAUCACAGAAUCUCCUUGAGCAUCAUUGUUCUGAUUAAGUCAAAGUAUUGCAAACAUAUGGACUAAGGAAAAUUCUCAUCUCUAGGCACAAUAGAACUUGAAUAUUUUAUAACUUAAUGGGGAAAGGAAGAGCUAUUCCCUGUACCUUAUGUGCUUAGAGGAGACCAAAAUUAGUUUAAUCUUUUGCAAAUGCUUCAAAGAAGAAUACUAGGAGUACUAACUGAAUUAUAUGGGGUUUCCAUAUCUCCCCCACCCCCCCCUCAUUGCUGAUGCCAGACUGAAGCAAUGAUACUGAAUGUGGAUUUUUCAUAUUAGGACUUAGAUUGCAGAACAAUUCCAAUUACUAUGACACUUUUUAUUCUGUUACACGUGAAUAUUUUGUGUAAGUUGCUGCUUUCCUUUGUUGCAGUCUUCCUUAUUGACUAUUCCCUCUCUGGGAACAGGUUCAGAUGUUCUUGUCUGACAGUGUUUUAAUUUCUUAUUAAAAAAAAAAAAAAAAAAAAAAAAAAAAAAGGAAAGAAAGAAAGAAAAAAGGUAGGAGGGAGCUCUGCCCCCGCCCGUCCCGCAGCCGGCAGAGGGCGCUCGACGGAAGCCGGAUGCGGUCGCUGUGCGCUGGGCUUCCCGGCUACGCGCCGGGCGGCAGCGGGGCUGGCUGCGUGCUGCGGGGCCGCUGAGCGGUGCGUCAGGCAGCAGCAGCACCACAAAGCAGCAAUGCUUCGGGUCUUCGGCGGCAGGGUACCGGCCUGCUGAAUUCUCUGUGAAGAUCACGCGAGGAGUUAUGCAGGGAUGGGGAAUUGGGAUACAGAGUGGUAGGGGCAUAAUGCAGUGCAGGAUAAACAUCAAAGUUUAGGUUAACAUAUGGAAUAGUAGUAGAAUAGCAUUUGUAACAUGGAGGGGGGAUAGUCUACAAUGCUCCUCUGUGACUUGCAGUUAUUUCCCUGGCAGUAGUCUCAUCUGUUCCCUUGUGAGGUCUUCGGCUGAUAAAUCACUACAAUCACAAAGAAUCAAACAAAAUGUUUUAACAUUUUCAUUAAAAUAAAAUAAAUAAAUUAGUAAUUCAUUAAGAAAACCCACACUGACCUGUGUUUGUAGAUAAAUUCUCAAACUUUCGUAAUACUGUUAUGAACUCUUUCAGUAAAACAGUUAAUGGAUCUGUAGAUGAGGUCAACUUAGAGAUGCACGUGAAGUUUUACUGGCGUCACAUAAGUUUAUGGGAUCAUUGGUAGCAGAGCAGGAUAGUGCUAUGAAUGCAAAUGGUGCACAGCUUUUUCAAUUCAAGUCUUCUAGCUUAAUUAUCCUAACCUAAAAUACAAGGAUUUUCUUUAUAUACUUACCAUAGCAACUGUACAGUAAUUCUGCAUAACUGAGGGGGGGGAGGAAAGGUGUUUUGUUGUUGUUGUUGUUCCCUGCUGCUUCUAUAGCUUCAAGGAGCUCCAUGUGAGUGCUGGAUUUCCCCACUAAGUUCAAAGCAAGAGGAUGGUAUCAGAACCAAGAAGAGUUUAUGAAGAGUGGGGGUUAGUCCAGAAGUAGAUGCCUGAAUUUUCCAUAGGCACAUGAUGUGAACAUAGUAGUGAACACAACAGUACACAGUUGUAAUAAGAACUUCCUUAAUUGAUGUGAUGGAUGUAAAAAUAAUAGAUAGGACUCAGGACUGAGAGAGCCUUGAAGAAUGACUUAAAAAGAAAGCUUAACAGAUGUUUGAACUACUUUCAGAUAUCUGAAACAAAGUAGGAGAUAGCAUGAAAGUAUUUCUUCAUUUUAGAAGCUGGAAAUGGAGGCAGGUGCUGCAGUCCUUUGGAAAUCAGCAUCGUGGGUGGGAUGGGAACAGUAAAGGGACUUGCAAUCAAAGCUAAAUGGCCUGUGUUUGACAUGGCAAAAAGGAUGUGAGAGAAGCAGAUGUAAGUAAAGCAAGGAAAAUUAUUUUUGUAGUAGCUCUCUAAAGGGAUACAGGGAGAAUAGCACAGCCAAAUAAAGGGUUUUCAGUGCUUACAAGCAAGAUGACAGUCUGAAGAAGAAUGUUAGCUAUGUACGUAAGUAAAGUUAGUGCUGUAUGCCAAGAGAAAAUAAAGAGAUAGAUAGAAGAUGGAAAUUUGAUUUCUAACAACUCUUUUCAGUUAACCUGUAGAAUUGGAGGAUAGAAGUUUCAGUGAGUCGUUACCAAUAGGAGAUAUGAUAAAAUGCCAGUUUGCUUUAAAUCCAUGGGCUCUGGGAUCAUCUGUUGCUGAUGGCAAACUUCUGUACAGUUCAAGAAACUCACAUUGUAUUUCUUAUCUGGCAAGACUUUUCCCCUCUCUUCUAAUAAAUUAUUUUUGUAUCUUUAUUGUGAACGAGCGUGUCUUGUAUUAGAUGUUGAGGAAUCACUUUGUGGUCCUCAGGAUUUCCUCUACCAUCUUCAAGUUGCCAAGUAAGAUCCCACGCUUUCUGCUUCCCACAUCCAAAUUGUUUUCCCCAGUGAUAUUCUUCAAUAUUCAGAAGUGUUCUCUUUAAGAACAAGUGUUUUACUGAGUGGCAAGGGAUUUGCUAUCUACUAACAGCGUACAGACAAGGCAUUGAAUUGUUAAUUAUUUCUAUUUUGAUUGAAACCACAUCUUCUUAUUUAGAGUUCUGUUUCCUCCCCCUUUUUUCCCCAUGAAGAGCCCAAAAUCUCUUUUGCUGUAGUUUGCUUUAUCAAAAGAUUGUAACCUGUUUUCUGUAUUCAGUCCUUAUGUAUUAUAUGUAUUAUAAAUACAUCAUGGUUCUGUUUAUCAGCUGUGUAAGGAGAGUAGAACAAAUGCUAUUAAAGGACAUUUCAAAUAUUGUAUGUUGGAAUUUGCUGAUAGAAGGAAAUCGCCAGGUCCAUGAGUACAGAUGACUGAGAGAAAGGAAACAGUAGUUCUCUCCACAGGUAAUGAAUUAAGCUGUCACUCAGUCGACUGGAUGUUAAGAUAAUUCCUUAUUGCCUUGCUCAGCAGUGAAGCAGUUGAUUUCUAACACAGGUUUUAAUAACCGAUGUGCUGUUUUGUUACCCUUGCUCACAUGGGUGCUCAGAAUAAUUCACACAUUCCUCACAGGUUUGCAGUCUUGUGUUUAAAUAGCUGCCACAGAUACAAGAUUGGAGUGAAAGCUGGGACAGUCUUGUGCUGUAGCACGCUGGAUGAUCGCGGGCAGUUUCACAACCUAAGAAGAAACUUCCAGCUGUAUUGGUGAGCGUGUCCUUAAAACGUGUGCACUGGAGAGGGUUCCUAAUUCCAGUAUGAUUCUAGUAUGAUGACCCGGGCUGCGGGGUCUCAGCAUCCCUCUUCGCACUCCUCAGCGGACAGUGCCCUUCCGGCGCCAAUGCCCCUCCUCACAGACGGGGGCGGGCGGGGAGCACCGCCGGCCCUAGGGAGGGCCCCGCCUGCAGGGGGAGGCGGGCGGCGCUGGCGAGCGGCAUGCUGGCAGGCAGCGCGGGGCUCUGGGGCUUCUGAGCCGCGCUCUCUGCGAGGGCUGACGGGCAUGGGGGCGCGGAGCCUCAGCGUCCUCCUCCUGCCGCUGCUGCUCGCCGCCGCGGCCACCCCCGCCCCCCGGGAUGGGGAGCCGCGGAGCUGCGAGGCUGUCCGGAAAGUUUUCCAGCUGCGUCAGCUCGGCUCCCUCAGGGGCGUCCCGGAGUUCCCGCGGGCAGGUGUAGAUCUCCAGGUUUGCACUUCUAAAAAUCCAACAUGCUGUACUAAAAAGAUGGAGGAAAGAUACCAGACUGCAGCAAAGCAAGAUAUACAGCAAGUGCUUCAAACAUCUAGUGCUACAUUAAAAUUUUUAAUAUCUCAUAAUGCAGCAGCUUUUCAAGAAACCUUUGAAAUGCUCAUCAAACUGGCUGAGAAUUACACAAGCACACUUUUCUGCAAUGCAUAUAGAAACAUGGCUGCUGAGGCUGCUACACAUGUUCAGGAGUUUUUCACAGACGUUGCACUCUUCGUAUUUGGCACAGACAUCAGCAUAGAGGAAUUUGUCAACAGAUUUUUUGAUACCCUGUUCCCAGUGGUCUACAACCACAUGAUUAAUCCAGGUCUGACUGAUGUUACACUUGAAUAUGCAGAGUGCCUCCAAAUGGCACGAAGAGAUAUCAGGCCCUUUGGUAACAUUCCCAAGAAAAUCAUAGGACGAAUGGGAAGAUCACUGUUACCCAGCCGGAAUUUCCUGCAGGCUCUGAAUUUGGGGAUUGAAGUAAUCAAUACAACAGACCAUCUGCAUUUCUCUAAAGACUGCAGCAGAGCGUUACUGAGAAUGCAGUACUGUCCCCAUUGCCAAGGGCUGAUUUUGAGUAAGCCCUGUAUGGGCUACUGCCUCAACGUCAUACGAGGUUGCUUAGCCUACAUGGCAGAAGUUGACCUUCAUUGGCAGAGAUACAUUCAGUCCUUGGAAGAGCUCUCGAGUGCCAUGCAUGGAACAUACGAUGUUGAGCAUGUGCUUUUAAACUUUCACUCACUUGUUAAUGAUGCUCUCAUGCAAGCUCGUGUCAACGGACCAGAAUUAACUGAGCAGGUGAAGAAGGUAUGUGGCCCACCUGUAAGGAAGUCUACACAGUCUCCACAUUGCUCUUUUGAUCAGAACAAAUAUUACCAAGGGCUGAAGAUGUUCUCAAGAGACAGCGAAGAAACCCUUGCCAGCAGAAGAAAAGAAUUUAUCAGCCACCUUCGCCUCUACAGAGCCUUUUACGGUGGCCUGGCUGAUCAGCUGUGUGGUAAUGAGUUGGCAGCUGCCGAUGGUCUCCCAUGUUGGAAUGGAGAAGAUGUUGUAAAAAGCUAUACUCAUCGUGUGGUUGGUAGUGGAAUCAAAGCUCAGUCUGGGAAUCCAGAAGUAAGAGUGAAAGGAGCAGAUCCUGUAAUAAAUCAAAUUAUUGACAAGCUGAAACAUGUUAUUCAGACUACUGGUGAACAAGAGGGCACCUAGUACUUGUUGCAAUCUCAGUUUAACAACCAAACUACCCAGCUGUGCAAAAGGGUAACUGCUUUUUCCUGGGGGAGGUAUGGGAUGCAACUAUCAUGUGUUGAGGAGAUGGAUGUCUGGUGAGAUAGUGGAGGUAGAUGUCAAGCCUUAUCAUGUUUUAGGAUGAUAAUGAUAUGUAAAAAUGGGAUGGAUGAUAAGGAAAUGUAGGUGGAACUUAGAUGUGAUUCUGACAGAAAAAAAGCAGAUGCUAAGUAUUACAGAAGGAAAAAUACAGAUUUUGAUAUGAUAAUGAUUUCAAAGCUUUCUUCAGCUUCAGUGUCUCUGCUAGUAAUCUUGACUUGAUGAGCUGACAAUCAGUGAUUAAAAUAAAUAGCCAGAACACUAAGAUUAUUUAAAGCUAUGUAUAUGUCCAUGUCUGUUCAUUUUGUUUUAUGGUCAAUGAACUAAUAAGAAAGGUGUGCACUGAAUAUCAGAGGAAAAAGAACUUUUAUGAGACUAAGUAAGAGGAACCAAGAGGGGUGAACAUAACUUUAAUUUACUCCUUAGCAAUCUUGGGAGACAAUAAUUUAUUCUGAUAACUGAAUGGCAGUUAUUUACAUGUAUUAGGAGGCCAGCUUUCCCCUAAGAGAUCAUACUUUUUCUAUCAGUUUCUGCUUAAAUAGGCAUCUUAGAAUAGUUCUUUCUCCUUACUUAGAUACAGGAAGGCAGAGAGGAGAAUUAAUUUCAGAUGGCUUUAAGCAAAUGUUAGAAAGGUUAACAUUCAUGGACUUCCAAAUAUCUUUUGGGCAGCUGACAUUUUCAAAUACUAGGCUUUUUCCUUUAGCUGAAUUACAGUGCUGGGUGGAAAGCAAUGGAUGUGUGAAAUGAAAUAUGCCAUUCAAAUACAGAAAAGAAGAGGAAAACUGCUUGUAAUUAUUACAGAGAAUAAAAGGUAAAAUUGAAAUCCUCUGCUACAAGCUGAGUGUUUUGUUUGAGGCAUUUCACAUGGACUUGAUGUAUUUUAUGUAUGAGAAAUGCUUGGAAACCUCUUCCUCUCAUCAAAAUAUCUGCAAAAGUAAUUCAUUUUCAGGUGAGGUAAUUGUCUAUUGAAAUUAGAUAAAGAUCUGGUUUAAAAUUCAACAAAACCACAGUACAAGCUGAACCUGAAGAGCAGAGAGUGUCAGUAACUGGAUUAACACACGUGAGUGCCAUUUUGGAUUCAAGCUGGAGCCAAUCUGUUAAUUCUUUUGUUUUAAAACCAAUAUGCCUAUAGCAUGCAUCCCUACAGUAUGAAACCUGAGUAUGUGUUACCAACGUGCAUAUAAAAUAUAUGUAAUUACUGGGAUGUGAUUUCUGAGGUACAGAAAUGUUAAGUAUUAUAAUUCUGACUACAGUGUAGAUACAUGCCAAUCACUGGCCUAAUUAAAUACAGUGUGAUAAAGAGAUCUUUUAAAUGAAACUAUUUUUUGAUACAGAAAGUAGAUUUUAAAGAAAUGUAAUACCUCCAGUGAAACUGAUUUGCUAUUCACUCAUGAACAUUUUUGUAGCUUCCUAAAAUACUGGAGUCUGCACAGACACAACAUCUAUCACUAUUUAGCUGAUCUACUGAUAAUUUCUGGAUCUUGUAGCCUUCAUCAGCCACAGUGAACAAAAGAAUAGAUGUCACUCGGCCACGGGACAUUGCAAUGAUUUUAAUAAACUUGAUUCAUGUACCAAAAAGGAAGGCAAGAAAGUAGUAACACUGAAGUUGGAAGACUACUGCUUGAUGGAACUGAGGAUAUCACAGGGAGGAUUUGGUGAUAUAAGACUGCUAAAUUGUGACAAGCAAGGGACAUGGAUAUAGGGAGUACAUGACAAUACUGUUUCUGGAUGGGGAGUUGCCAAAGGAGAACAGAAUUGUAGUGAGGAUGUUGUGAGGAUAGGGUGGAGGUGAGGUACAGUUUUAUUUCAGUGAACACAAACAGAGGGAACAUAUCGGAAAGUAAACAUAAGUCCAUGGCAAACUAGAUUUAACCGUAGUUUAAUAGCUAAUGGGACAUUUCAGAAGUCUUUGAUCCAUAAGACAAAGAGAACAGGACAAGCAGUAAUAUUUCUAUCAUUAAGAUACUGUCUUCUAUGAAGGCCUUCUUAAGGUGUGUUUCUCUCCUACAUUCAUGGAAUUUGUCUGUAACAUGCAUCCAACCAAGAUACGUGGGCAGUUCAUAAGGAUGUUAAGAUGAACAUCUCAAUGUUUCAGUAUGCAAAUGCUUGAUAUUUUAUUUCAGGAAUAUUAGCCCUUGAUUUAAACAUCUCUCAAUAAAAACAUACACACAUCUAUUUCAGCAUGAACUCAUAUCAGAUGUCUGCUUAACUACAAAUUCCAGGCUAACGUUUUCAUGCAUUUACUCACCCAUUCCUUAAAUUCUUUGCUGAUCAGUUAAAAUAGUUCUAAGAGGAGCAUGGGGAGUAUCUUGCAUAUAGGAUGCAGUACAACAGUCAAAAACCAGGAAUAGGUGGGUUCUCCAGUUCCUUCUUUAUGUGCAAGAAUAAUUGUAAAUAUCUAAGAAGUGGUACUCGAUAAUGGAAUCCAAAGUGAAUACUUAAAGUCUGGAAAAAAAAGGUACAAUUUCACACACUUUUUUCUUGGCACAUUUUCUCCACGAGCUGUGUCCCCUGCUAAGGGUCAUUUCUAUGCUUAGUGUUUCAGAUACCUGUUUCUUCUGUACAGAGCUCAGUUACCCAAGUUGAUAUUAUUUUCUUUGUUUGAUUUGGCCCUGUAUGUCUUUUGUAGAACUUCAUUUGCGGUAUUCUUGUCUGCUUUACAUGAAAUAUCACCAGCAGGUCAAGAGAAGCAUUGGUGAGACCAUACCAGGAGUACUGUGUCCAGUUCUGGGCACCUCAGUACAAGAGAGACCUAGACAUACUGCAAAUAAGGGCCGUCCAGAUGACAAAAGGACUGGAGUACCUCUCUGAGGCUGAGAGAACUUGGACUGUUCAGCCAGGAGGAGGCUCAGGAGUAAUGUGAUUACUAUCUAUAAGUACCUGAAGGGAGGGUGAUAACUGAUAGGAAUUUUCACCAUCAUUUUUGGUAUUAUAACAUUAAGUAUUCCAGUAGUUUAUUAAAAGUCUACAUUUGCCAUAGCACUGAAAAAUUCUGAAGAACUUUUUCUCCUUUUCUUUUGUCAACAGCGACUACAGAGACUUUUGUCACACAAACCUACUUUGAUUAUACAAACAUUGCUUUUACUGAGCUAUUCUAUUCACAAAUUUGGUACAAGGAAGUGAGGGAGGCAGGGAGGCAGGGAGGCAGGCAGGCAGGCAGGCAGGCAGGCAGGAAGGAAGGAAGGAAGGAAGGAAGGAGAGAAAGAAGGAAGGAAGGAAAGAAGGAAGGAAGGAAGGAAGGAAGUGUCUUCUAAGUUUAACUGUCUAAACAGGUUCUUGUGAAAUGGAAGGGACCUCUGGAGGUCAUCUCGUGGUCCACCACUUCUGUUGGAGUAGAGCCACCUGAAGUACACUGCCCAGGACCAUUGAAUAUGUCCUAGAAGAAGACAUCACACUUCUCUGGACAACCUUUUGCCAGUGCUCAGUCACCCCACAGUAAAGGAGUGCUUCUCUGUGUUUAGAGGAAAUCAUUUUUCUUUCAGUUUGUGCUCACUACCUCUUCUCUUGGUACUGGAAACCUCUGAAGAGCCUGGCUCUGUCAUUUUAUCUUCCUUUGUAGACAUUCAUGAGAUUUCACCUGAGCCUCCUCCAGGCUGAACAGUCUCAGCUUCUCCCACAAAAGGUGUUCCAGUCCUUUAAUCAUCUUGAUGGCCUUACUUUGCACUUUCCAGUAUUUUCAGGUCACUCUUGUAUGGUGAUGCCCAGAACUUUAUGUAGUUCUCCUGGUAUGGCCUCACCAACACUGAGCAGAGAAAAAGAAUCACCUCCCUUGACUUGAUGGCAAUAUUUGUCUAACUCAGCCAAGAAUACCAUUAGCUUUCUCUGUGGUAAGGACACAUUGCUAGCAGAUGUUGAACUUGGUGUACAGCAGGAACCCAGGUAUUUUUCUGCUGGACUUGGUAGUCCCCAGCUUAUACUGAUGCCUGGAGUUGUUCCUCCCCAGGGGCAGGACUCUGUACAUCUAGUUGAACUCCAUGAGUUUCCUGUCAGCCCAACUCUCCAGCCUGUCAAGGUCCCUCUGGAUGGCAGCAGGGCCCUCUUGUGAGUCAAGCACUCCCCCCCAGUUUCAUGUUAUCUUCACAUUUACUGAGGUUACGCUUCUACCACACCACUGAGAAGUAAAUGAAGAUAUUAAGCAGGACCGGGCUCAGUACUGAAUCCUGGCAUACUCCACUGGCCUCAAACUAGGCUUUGCACACUGACCACCACCUCUAGUUCUGGCCGUUCAGAAAGUUUCUGAUCCACCUCACUAUCUGCUUACUCAGUCCAUAAUUCAAAAGCUUCUCUGCGAAUAUCUUAUGGGUGACAGCAUCAAAGGAUGAUAGUAUCCACAGCUGUCUCCUCAUCCAUCUGGCUGGCAACUUCAUUAUAGAAGCUUAUCAGGUUGGUCAGGCAUAACUACUUCCAGUCUUACCUAAAUUUUGUAAAAUUCAAAUAUAUGAAAGGGUUUGGUGAUGGAGGAAGUAUAAGUAUUGGCAUAUUUUAUGAGGCUCGAGAGCAGGCAUCUAUCAAUUUUCUUUCAGUCCAACAGCUUCAUAUACUGAUUUUCUUGAAAUUUUAUUUUCCGUUUUAUUCUUCCACAGAUCUAUUUGUUUGCUUGGAUUUCCUGACCUACAGGGACCUUAUUUUAUGCCUCAGAGCAUCAUUUAUGUUCAGUGGUAGUUGUACUUUGUCGGAGCUGUUCUGCUUCUCUAUUGUAUUUGAAAAUGUUAUAUAAGGAGACAUGGGGUUUGAUUUUGCUGCAUUUGUAUCUAAAAUUCUUUCUGAGAUCAGUGUGAACUGAUGCACAGAGGAUGCAACCUUGGAGACAAAAUCACUCUGUGCUUGUUUUAAAGCAGUUUUAAUAUUCGUAUAACUAGGCUAAGGUUAUGGAAACUGCUUGCAGGAAUAUACUAUCAUUGCAUGUAUAAGAUAAAUUAGUAACUGUAAAGUAUAUUUUGCAUAGCUUUAGGACCAGACUUACUGUUUUUACACUUACUUUUUAGCGUAUAUCUGCUUCACAAAGCCGUUUGUAAGGCUUUUUCUCUGCAAUGAGUACUAGAAUGUGUUUAGAGCUUAUCAGGAUACUAUCAUUUUCCAAAUAUUCCCCCUACAUUUUACUGCUGCGUUUGCCAACAGUACUACAAAAAUGCUGACAUUUUUUAAGACCAAGUGAACAAGAGUUCUCUUUGGAAUAGGAUGCAUUUUUGAAAUAUAUAUUAUAUCAAAUUGUUAAAGUCCUAUCAGACAACAGUCUUGUAGAUAAAGCUGGUAAGGAAUUGGCAUGCACUGGAAAUACUCUAUUAUUUAGAGUGCAUUAUUAAAAUUUUUAACUGUUUCUUAAUUGAUUAAACUUUCAGUACCAGAUUUGCUCCUGUCAUGUUCCACUUACCUUGCUUUUUACAAUUUUAAGUUCCAGUGAAGCUAUCAUAGCAAGUUUACACAGCCUAAUUCCUUUUGUACUUCUUUCCAUUUAUAUUUCUGUUUCAAGUAUUUAAUUUGUAUACAUUAUCUAUGUUGGGGAGACUAAAGCAGUUGAGAUACUAAGAACAAAGACCAGCAUUUGAGUUUUAUUUUUGUUAAAAAGACUCCAAUAUCCCCAAAGAUAAAACGGUGUUUUAUGAACAGCAAUGACUUCAAAUUGUUUGCAUUUGAUAAUAUCCUGGAUAAUUUUAUUCUAUUGCAAUUGGUACUUCUACUUUAUCUUAUACUUCAAAAGUCUUCUGGCGCUCACUAGAUGGGAUCUGAAUGGCAUUAGUAACUGGGCUAUAUCAUUAGGAUAUCGAAAACAUUUGAAUUUUCACAAGGUAUAUAUAACUACAAUGUACUCUGUAUGUCUGUGAGAAAAUCUUCUGUGAGAGGAAAAAAACAAUAAAAGAUUGACAUCUGAAUAAGACUGAUCUUUCUGCUUUAGAACAUAAACUGCUGAUUAAGUGCCUAUACUAGCUGUUGUUCAAGUCAAGUCAAUAAAUAUUAUUAAAAGGAAUUUCUAUUUUGCACAAAUUCCUCAUUAGGGAUAGGCUAGAGUCCCUACUAACCAUUCUUGAUAUAAUAUUGAUAUAAUAUUACACAAACUGUUGUUGCAUGCUUUUUUGCAUGAUU